AUGCUAUCAGAUGCUGAAUCGACAGAAGCUUUGUACAGACGGUUACGUAUUGGGUUAGUUGUACCGGAGGGUCCCAAUGAGAUGGCUCCUGACAAGGUAUUGCCGUUGAACUACAACCUGGAUCUUACUAAUCAUAUUGCGUUCAACAAGGGAUGUUACAUUGGACAGGAGUUGACCACACGGGCCUCCAAGAAAUUAGCUGUGAGGAAACGACUAUUUGGUAUGCGUAUCGAUGGAGAUGUUGACGUUGAGUCCGGUGCAGAGAUAAUGUGUGACGGUGAGAAGAUUGGUAAAGUAUUAGAGUUGUCAUCAUCGGAGGGUGAUGGAGACGUGCUGGGUAUUGCACAAAUACAUGCACCGAAAGGAAUGCAGAUGAAUACUAAACAGGCUAUGGUCGAAGCUACGAAAAAGUACUUGGAGGACGACCAUAUAUACAUAGAGAAGGACUCGACAAAGAUAGGAGUAGAACUGGGUCUACCCAAGUACAUUCUGUCGUGA